AAACAAGAGCAACAGAGCGCGCGCCAACGGAUUUAUUAAAUGCACUUCUGCAUAUUUAUUUAUAAACGCGUGUUUUGGUUCGUGGGAGCGCGGGGUGCGGGGAAAUAAAGUGCAGGUCACCGACGCGUCGUCGCCGCCUCUGCCGCUGCCGCUGCCGCAGUCGACGUCGCUGUUAAUGUGUUAAAAAAAUAUAUAUCAAUUUGAGUGUUUGUGUUGUUUUUUUUUUGUUGGUUUUUUGCACACUCAAAUUCAACAGAUUUAAUUAAGUGUGUGCCUGAGUGUGUGUGCGUGUGUGUGGGUGCACCUAUAUACCUAUGCUGGCCCUGGCCCCGCCCACCACGCCGCCACCGCCCCCUCGAAAUGCCCCGUUAGCCGCGAAAUCGAAAUCGAAUCGUUUUUCUGCAACCGCAAUGCUGUCAAAUGGCUCUGCCGGCGUCGCUGCCGCAGUGGACGUCUCGGCCGGCGUCGCUGGCGACUGCGAUGAGCGAACGCUUUUGUUAAGCGAGGAAAUUGUUGUUGCGGCGCAGUCAACGUCGCCGCCUCUGCCGCUGUCGCUGCCUCCUUCGUCCUCGGUCGGCGUCGCUGCAGCUGCGCCGCCAACGUCGCUGCCUUUGGUGCACACAACAGCAACAACAACAGCAGCAGCAGCAACUGCAACGCAACAAAACAACAACAACAAUGUGAACAACAACAAUAAUGCCUUGCUUGUGGUCAGUGCUAAAAACAUGGCUAAUAAUAAAAGUAACAAAAAUAACAGCAAGAGCAAAAACAACGAGGCCAGCAGCGGCAGCAGCAACAACAACAAUGCAGCGGAAGCAACAGCCGCAACAACAACAACAGCAACAACAAUCGCAUCUGGGGAUAUAGAACCUGCUACAACAACAACAACAACGACAGCUGAUGAAGACGAUAUGUCCAGCGAUCUGAGCGAUAAAUUCCCACGCCCCCAAAAGAAGCCCGGCAAACUGAGCAAAUUGGGCACCAAAAGCGUCGGCCUCAAACGCGUCUCUUUUGGUUCCUCCAAGGGUUCGAUGGUGGAGACGCUCGUCUUCGAGACGCCGACGCCGCUAUCGGAGCACAUGGAGUCCACCUUUGGGUUCGAUGCCGCAGCAGAUUCUGCCGCCGAUACCGCCGCUGCCGCCGCUGGUCAGCCGCAGCUGGCGUCGACGCUGCCGUCGCAUCUGCCGCUAGCCGGCGGCUACAGUGGAGACUAUGCCAAGGGGAACAUGGAUGACAGCGGCAUUGAGGUGCAGGAGGAAUCGGAGCGUUCGAUAGUGCGCGUUUCCAUUUACCAAAGCAGCCAGCCGCAGCAGAUCUGUCCACCGGCGGACUACCUGCUGGACGCCCUAGACGGAGGCUAUAACUACAACAGCAACCUCCUCGACUACUCCACGAUGGCCACGACGGCGGCGGGGCUACAGCAGCAGCAGGUGAUCGGCCUGGGAGCGGCCUACGAUCGACAGCAGAGCACCGAUUCCGGCUGGGACAAUCCCUUUCGUCCAGGCGGCGAUCUCUCCAGAGAGGCUGAUGAAAUUGUCAACAUGAUCAGAGGUGGCAAGCCCAUCACACCCACAGAAGAGCGGACGAUUGGCAACGGGAGCGCCCAGCAUGCGGACGACAAUUGCAACGGCGGAGCGGCGAUUGGCGAGAGUGUAACCAGAUCGAACCUCUCGCAGAAUCUAGCAACAGCACAAAAUGGUACAAAUUCCCAUGCCUCUGCCUCUGCCGACGCUGGCGCCGGAAAAGCAGCGACGGCGACCGAGCUGAGCGGCGGAACCGGAACCGGAAACGGCAACAACGGGGUCACCUCGCUGGGUCAGGUGUCCAAACAGGUGGUUCCGGGACCGACGUCCGCUAGUCAUGUGGUCAUCGAUGAGAAGAAGAACAAGAAGAAGGGCUGCUGCGUGGUGCAAUAAUCGCGGAAAAACGACGACGACGACGAUGACGACGACGACGGGGGACAAAAAGAAAACCGGACAAAAGCAAACAAAUGGAGAAGAAAAGGGGGCGGGCAUUUUCCGGCUAGCCGUGUUUUUCAAUGUAUGUUUUAUUUUUCUGGGGUAAUAUGAAGGCGCCGAGCUGUUGAUAGUUGUUUUCAGACCGCUUAGAGAUAGCUUUGCUUAGCUUUGCAAGACGAAACCGAUCGCCACACACCACACCACACACAAUGAUAAAAUGGAAAACCCAUUUAAGGCCACUAACAAAAGCUCUCUGACCAACAGCAGCCGAUCAUCAGGAUAAUCUAGAGGAGAAAAAAAUAAGCAGUGGCAGCAGCAGCCACAGUGAGAGCCAAAAUUUAAGCAACACCACCCCAGAAAAGGCUGUUGCUCCGAGUUCAAAACCACAGUCGAGAAUAUUCAAAAUUUAAGUUGUAAAUCUAAAGUUCACACUUAUAUAUAUUUAUACAUAUAUAUAUAUAUAUAUCUAUAUAUAUAUAUUUGUUAGUCUGAUGACAAAGCUAACUGCAAAUCACCCCUAUUAUAUACAUAUAUACAUACUUUUUUUUUUUCCUUUCCCUGUAAUGUGGACUCGACCUACACAUGUGUACUAUAAAAAUUAUAUGGCAUAUAUGUGAAUUUAAUUUUUUUUGUAAUUGUAAAAUUUAGUGCGGCUUUUUUAAUGAAUGAAAAGGAUGUGGGGACGUUAACAAAAAAGUAAAAAAGCAAAAAGAAAAAAAUUUAUAAAAACAAAAAAACGUUUUGCUUGCAUGCAUAAUGGAUAGAAAAUCGAAAAAAAGAAUGCAAAAACAAAAAAAUUAACAUAAAGAAUAAUGUAUUUAUUUUUAUUUAUAUGAUGACGACGAAGAAGAAGCAGAUGAAAGUAAAUUAAAUGUUAAACCUUAAAACAAAUAUACACACACACACACACGUACAUAUACAAAACACAGACACAUACGCAUAUAUACUAUACGAUAUAUGAGAUGAUGAUGAGAUGUAUGACGCAAUAAAGUAAAACGAUGAGAUGAACCGGAAACAGUAGAUGAAAAACUAAUUACAAAAGUCCCAAUUUUCUAAGGCUAAAUAAUGAAUAAUAGUUAUUUUUUAUCAUCAUAUACAUGAGAGACAGAUAAUUAAAAACCGGGUGCGCUGACUUUUGGGGCCCACUGUAGCGGCUGAUCAAAGGCAGGCGGUGCUGGAAAAAGAGGAGGGUGAAAAUGGUAAAAAGAGGGCUUAGUUCUUUGAGGUGAAAAUGUAGAAAGAAGGGCUUUGAAGAAACCGUUAUCCCAAGACAAAAGCUUAGAAAUGAGGCCAGAGAAAGUAUAUAAACAAUUAAAAAAAAAAGGGAAGAACCACCGUUUUUCAGCUUAGUUAAGCACAAUACAACCCCUCACACAUAACCACCAACCAACCAACCAAGCAACCAACCAACCCAACCACACUUUCUCCAACCCCUUUCACUCAGUAUUUUUUCUCAGUUGAACACAAAUCAAAAGCAGAGAAAUGAAAGCAAACAAAUAUGCAAAAAGAAAUUAAGCAGGUAAAUCGAGCAAAGCGAGGUACAAGAAAGUUUACACAGAGAGAAAAAAGCAGCAACCAAAUAGCUAAAGAAAGUAAUGAGAACACCGAAAUGGACCGCCACACCCACAAGUAACACACACUCACACACACACACUCUCAACACACAAACACACACCCACACACCUACAGCCUAAGCAUCAAUGUGCUGCAUUUGAUAAACGUAAUGAAAAAAUAAAAAUAUAUAUAUAUAUAUACACACAGAUAUAUGAAAUAGCAAUAUUGUUUCAACUGAAAAUAAGCAAAUCAACAAAAAGGAAACUCCAGAAUCCGCAAAAAAAAA